AUGCCAUUUUGCCUCGCUCUCAACAGUAGCCAGUUCGCUGCAACUACAAGGUGCAAGACUCAUCUUUGUCCUAUCGCUCACUUGCGUUGCCGCUCAUUCACCGUUAAGUUUUGUGCCAACGUUGCCGGCGAGUCAGAUAUGGCGGCCUCAACAGUCCGAGUCGCUGCAGCUCAGAUGACUUCAAUCAACGACCUCGCCGCCAAUUUUGCUACCUGCUCUCGUCUUACCAAAGAAGCAGCAGCUGCUGGGGCAAAAUUGCUUUGUUUGCCAGAAAGUUUCUCUUUUAUUGGGGCUAAGGAUGGGGACAGUGUUAAGGUUGCAGAACCUUUGGAUGGUCCAAUCAUGCAACAGUAUUGCUCCUUGGCAAGAGAGUCUGGCAUUUGGUUAUCGCUUGGAGGCUUCCAAGAAAGAGGUUGUGAUGAUGCACACCUGCGCAACACGCAUGUUAUCAUUGAUGACAGUGGGAACAUUAGAGACAUUUAUCGGAAAAUAUUCUUGUUUGAUGUAGAUGUUCCUGGCGGAAGAGUAUACAAGGAAAGCAGCUUUACAGAAGCUGGAAAGGAUAUAGUUGCAGUUGAUAGCCCUGCUGGACGCUUGGGUCUGUCAGUUUGCUAUGAUUUAAGAUUCCCAGAGCUUUAUCAGCAGCUCAGGUUCCAAAAAGAAGCACAGAUUCUAUUGGUACCUGCAGCUUUUACAAAGAUUACCGGUCAGGCACACUGGGAGAUUCUGCUUCGAGCUCGUGCAAUUGAGACUCAGUGCUAUGUGAUAGCUGCUGCACAAGCUGGAAAACAUAAUGAUAAAAGAGAAAGCCAUGGUGAGGCAUUAAUAAUUGAUCCCUGGGGAGCAGUAGUUGGUCGAUUGCCAGAUCGACUCUCAACAGGUAUUACUGUGGCUGAUAUUGAUUUUGCUUUGAUUGACUCAGUGAGAGCAAAGAUACCAAUCGCCCAGCAACGGAAGCCCAUUGAUUUCUGGAAAUCUUCAUCUCUCUGAUUUGAGUCCUGCCACAUCUGCUUUAUCCAGAUGUUAGGUCAAAGCCACAUCAAAUUCUUACUGUGAUAUAAUUCAAGGACAUGCUUCUUAUUGCUCUCUGGAAGAAGUAUGACACAGUUAUGCCUUGUAAGUUGCAAAAUAAGUUAAAGUUUUCUUUGUCAGGGAGCUGUUUAUGUGCACUUCAUUUUAUCCAUAUCUCUGUAAUUAGAUUCUUGUGCUAUUAGUAAACAAUAUAUUCAUCUAA